UCUGACAGCCGCGGGCCCGCGCUGCUCCCCGGCGCACCGGGACGGACCGGCCGCGGCAGCGGCGGCGACGGAGGACGCGAGGACCGCGGCCCAGCGCCAAGUGCGGGAGGCGCGCGGUGGCUCUGGCGGCGCGCAGAGGUCCCCUCUGAGGCAGCUGGGCGCUCAGGAGGCCUCACCACCCCGGAGGAGUGGGCCCGCCAGCAAAGCAAUACGGGAUGGCGUGGAGCCCUCCCAGGGCCUGAGGAGAGCGUGUAACCCACAGCCCGUUGGACCCGAGCCUCUAAGUCGGGGGGCCGCACCAGCCGGGAGACAAGAAGAAUGGAUGCUUCGGCCCCUGGCGACAUGCACACGGUGUAAUGACAGAAAAUGAGCAGGUUUGCAGAGAAACUACUGGCCUGAAAUUUAAGACAAAGGCGUCGUUGCUUGGCUCUGGCUGAGACCAUGGCCAAUGGCAUUGACGAGCUCAUCGGCAUUCCCUUCCCCAACCACAGCAGCGAGGUUCUGUGCAGCCUGAACGAGCAGCGGCACGACGGCCUGCUCUGCGACGUGCUGCUGGUGGUGCAGGAGCAGGAGUACCGCACCCACCGCUCCGUCCUGGCGGCCUGCAGCAAGUACUUCAAAAAGCUCUUCACAGCCGGCACCUUAGCCAGCCAGCCCUAUGUCUACGAGAUCGACUUUGUCCAGCCAGAGGCCCUGGCCGCCAUCCUCGAGUUCGCCUACACCUCCACGCUCACCAUCACCGCCUCCAACGUCAAGCACAUCCUCAACGCCGCCCGGAUGCUGGAGAUCCAGUGCAUCGUGAACGUGUGCCUGGAGAUCAUGGAGCCGGGCGGGGACGGCGGGGAGGAGGACGACAAGGAGGACGACGACGAUGACGAGGAUGACGAUGACGAGGAGGACGAGGAGGAGGAGGAGGAAGAAGAGGAUGAGGAAGAGGAUGAUGAUACGGAGGAUUUCGCUGAUCAAGAAAACUUGCCCGACCCCCAGGACAUCAACUGCCACCAAAGCCCUUCCAAGGCGGACCAUCUCACAGAGAAGGCCUAUGCAGACACACCCAGGGACUUCCCGGACUCCUUCCAGGCCAGCAGCCCCGGCCAUCUGGGCGUCAUCCGGGACUUCUCCAUUGAAUCUCUGCUGAGGGAGAACCUCUGCCCCAAAGCCAACAUCCCCGACAGGAGGCCCUCCUUAUCUCCCUUUGCCCCAGACUUCUUCCCACACCUCUGGCCAGCGGACUUCGGUGCCUUUGCCCAGCUGCCCGAGCAGCCCAUGGACAGUGGGCCCCUGGACCUGGUCAUCAAGAAUCGGAAGAUCAAGGAAGAGGAGAAGGAGGAGCUGCCCCCGCCCCCGCCCCCGCCCUUCCCGAAUGACUUCUUCAAGGACAUGUUCCCGGACCUUCCCGGGGGGCCGCUGGGCUCCAUCAAGGCGGAAAAUGACUACGGUGCCUAUCUCAACUUCCUGAGUGCCACCCACCUGGGGGGGCUCUUCCCGCCCUGGCCCCUGGUGGAGGAGCGCAAGCUGAAGCCCAAGGCCUCUCAGCAGUGCCCCAUCUGCCAUAAAGUCAUCAUGGGGGCCGGGAAGCUGCCGCGGCACAUGCGGACCCACACCGGGGAGAAGCCAUACAUGUGCAACAUCUGCGAGGUCCGCUUCACCAGGCAGGACAAGCUCAAGAUCCACAUGCGGAAGCACACAGGGGAGCGGCCCUACCUGUGCAUCCACUGCAACGCCAAGUUCGUGCACAACUACGACCUCAAGAAUCACAUGCGCAUCCACACGGGCGUGCGGCCCUACCAGUGCGAGUUCUGCUACAAGAGCUUCACGCGCUCCGACCACCUGCACCGCCACAUCAAGCGCCAGAGCUGCCGCAUGGCACGGCCUCGGCGGGGCCGCAAGCCCGCCGCCUGGAGGGCCGCCAGCCUGCUCUUCGGGCCCGGAGGCCCGGCCCCAGAGAAGGCGGCCUUCGUGAUGCCCCCGGCGCUGGGCGAGGUGGGCGCCCACCUGGGCGGGGCCGCCAUGUGCCUGCCGGGCCCCAGCCCCACCAAGCACUUCCUGGCGGCGCCCAAGGGCGCGCUGAGCCUGCAGGAGCUCGAGCGGCAGUUCGAGGAGACGCAGAUGAAGCUGUUCGGGCGCGCCCAGCUGGAGGCCGAGAGGAACGCGGGCGGCCUCCUGGCCUUCGCGCUGGCCGAGAACGUGGCCGCCUCCAGGCCCUACUUCCCGCUGCCUGACCCGUGGGCCGCGGGCCUGGCCGGCCUCCCUGCGCUCGCCGGCCUCAACCACGUGGCCUCCAUGUCUGAAGCCAACAACUAGGCUGGUCCUGUCGGCCCCGGUCCAGCUGCCCUGUCCUCUCUCCCAGCAGGCCCACCUGCCCCAUCCAACGGAUCGGAACUUAUUCCAAAAUCACCAAGAAAAAAAAAAAAAAAAAUGAAAUACAUGUCAGCAGCAAUGGUAUUUUCCAGGCCUCCUGAGGCAGCUGCCUCCUUUUUGCUUGCGUCUGAGAUGGGCAUUUCCCCUCCGCAGGGCCAGCCUCUCCCUGACUGUCUGGCUCUCACACAGGACUCACAGGG